CCAGGGGACUUCAGCAGCCCCAGCAGCUCCUCUUCAUGGCUUCCUAAACUUCAGCUUGAAAGAGGUGACCCCCACCCCCCCCCAGCCUGCUUCCCCAACUCUGUACCCCAACUCUGCCCAUCCAUCUACCACCCGAUUCCUUAGAUUGCAACUUUCUCAAGGAAGACCCUCGGUGUUGGUCCUUCAAGAGCUUCUGUCCGAGAUGGGGAUUAAGGCGGCAUUGCCCACUUAUGAGUUGGGCCUUUAUGCCCUGAUUGUGUCCUGUGCCAUCGCUUACAGUGGGCAGGAGAUUUUUGAGAGCUCCCAAGAUAGCAUGAAUCGAAAAGCCUUCCGAGAAAACAUAAAACCAGGAUGGCAUUAUUUUGGUAGGAAAAUGGAUGUGGCUGACUUUGAGUGGGCCAUGUGGUUCAAGUCCUUCAGGAACUUCAUCCUCUUCGCUCUUUCAGGCCACGUCCUGUUUGCCAAGAUCUGCUCCCUGGUAGCCCCUCAGCACAGGUCUGUCAUGUACAUGAUUUACGGCAUCCUGACUGUGCUGGGCAGUAUGGGAAGCAACUAUCUGAUGGUCAUCCUGUCCCAUUGCUUGGUACUCUACACCGUGGGCCUGGCUAAACAGAAAUGGCUGUGUUUUAUCGCUGGACUCUGCAGCCUGGCGUCGUUCAAGUUCGAACCCUUCAACUCCUGGCAGAAUGACUUCGUCUCAGGAACCUUUGACCUCCAAGAUAUUCUCUUUUACGGGGCCGGAUUCAGUAUCAUGCGUUGCAUGAGUUUCGCCCUGGAGAACUGUGAGAGGAAAGAGGGAAAUUAUUCCAUCUUCGCUCUGAUGAAAUACAAUUUCUACCUCCCUUUCUUCUUCUUUGGGCCCAUCAUGACUUUUGACCAAUUUCAUGUCCAGGCACACAACAGCCAGCUGCAGCGUAAAGAUCGCGAGAUGUGGCACAUCAUCGUUCAUGCUUUUGUCCACCUUAUGGCCAUUGUCAUUGUGGAUGUUUUCUUCCACUUCUUCUACAUUCUGACCAUUCCUUCAGACCUGAAGUUUGUGAACCGUCUCUCUGACUGGGCGCUGGCUGGCCUGGCCUACUCCAACUUGGUGUACGAUUGGGUGAAAGCUGCCGUGAUGUUUGGGGUCAUCAACACCAUCGCCAGGUUGGAUCAUCUGGAUCCACCGCAACCGCCCAAGUGCAUCACAAUGCUCUACGUCUUUGCGGAAACGCACUUUGACAGAGGGAUUAACGACUGGCUGUGCAAAUACGUCUACGAUUACAUUGGGAAGGAUCACGACAACAUCUUCAAGGAGCUCAUGGCCACCAUUUCCACUUUUGCCAUCACCACCCUCUGGCUGGGGCCUUGUGAAAUUGUCUACAUUUGGUCCAUUUGCAACUGCUUCGGCCUCAAUUUUGAGUUGUGGGUGCAACAGUUCUUCCAGCUGAAGCUGUUUGCAGAGAAAGAGGCCAACAUGUCUGAGGCAACUUCCCGGCGAAUCAGGAGCAUCUUUGGGGCAGCCAAUUUCUGGGCAAUUGUCUUCUACAACAUCCUUGCCCUCAAUAGUCUGGAGUUUGCCCUUCUGGUUGCCAAGAGGAUCUUCCUAACUGGUUUUCCUCUCAGCACCUUCUCCAUCUGGUUCAUCACGUACUGCGGUGUGCAACUGAUCAAAGAAAGGGAACGGAUCCUGGCUAUCAGAGACGAGGAGAAAGACAAGGAAAAGGCAGAAUAAUGGAGAAAGGCAAAACCACAGAUGCAACUCCGGAGCAUCUGAGCUUUGUUUAACCCGGGUGCCUCAAAGCUGCAGAAGAGCCACGAAGCUCUCCUGCAUUGCUCAGUUUUCCAAAAUAAAGAAUUUAUUUAUGCAAA